AUUGUCUCAGCCGCCUCAUCCGGUCAGAAUCUAGAGGUAGAUGUUGCCUACCUGUCUCCUGUAGGUGCCUAACUAGCCACCUACUAAAUGACAAUAAUACUUAUUCCUGCCAAUUCAUCUCUGAAAUCGCAGAACGCGUUUCUGAAGACCCAUCAUCAUUUACCCUACCUACCUACCUAAAUAAUGAAAUAGCUUCUCGUCGCUCUACACCUAGAUCCUUAUCAGUGAUACAAUGGCGGUGACACAAAACAUCCAUUCCCGGUACCUCAAAGAGAAAAGCUUGCAGGCACUACUUCAAAGGCUGUUUCCAGGGCAGGCUGAUUUUAAUAUCCGACUGAGAGAUGAUCAGUGGUGUUUUACUGUUCCUACCCAAGUUAGUGAGGAUGAACUAGACGCGAUCAGAGAUAAUGCCUAAGCUACACUGUAACCUUUGACCGACCGUGGCGCAUAUUACGAAGGCAGUGCAGCGGUAUCUCCGAAGUAGAUAAGCCGUGGCGGACUAGGUGGGGAGCUGAAAGGGGUUUCGUAGGGGGCUUAUAGUGCCGCACAUCUCUAAUUGACACUUACUUAGGACCUACCUAGGUACAUAGGAGCUGGGUAGUUAAAUAUAAAACAUCUAAUGUUCUAUUGA